GUUUGUGAGCAAUGCAAUAGUUGAAUGGAGGAACAUCGUCCAAAAUGAAAUACCCCCAACUCAACAACUUGCAUGCAUGUGAAAAAAGCUUCUUCCUGUUACAAAAAUGCAUGAAAUCAAAAGCCUUAAAGCCAGGCAAACAACUCCACUCUUCUCUCUUAGCUUCUGGUGCAGAUAUGGAGUUUAACUCACUGGGUUCAAAAAUUGUAGGACUAUAUGCAAGCUGUGGAGACAUCAAAUCUGCUAAGCUAAUGUUUCAACGAACUCAAAACCCAUCUGUUUUUGCAUAUAAUUGGAUGAUUUCGUCUCUUGCAUUCUCUGGUUCUUAUGAAAAUGCAUUAGGGUAUUUUUCAUUGUUUCAAGAAUCAAGAAAUGUGGCUAAUGAGUAUACUUUUUCAUCUGUUUUGAAAGCUUGUGUUGGGCUGAUGGAUUGUAAAAAGGGUAGGGAAGUUCAUUGUAGGAUUUGUACAAUGGGUUUAGGUUUGGGCCUGGAAGUUGGGAAUGGGCUGGUUGAUAUGUAUUGGAAAUGUGGGUGGGUAGUGUAUGCUCGUUUGGUGUUUGAUAGAAUAGUUGAGAGGGAUGUUGCGUCGUGGACUUCGAUGAUUUGUGGGUAUUUUAGUGUUGGUGAAAUUGAGGAGGCUUAUGGUUUGUUUGAGAGGAUGAAGUUGGAAGGAGUGGAAGUGAAUGGGUUUACGUGGAAUGCAAUGAUUGCGGGGUGUGCUAGGGAGGGUGAUUGUGAUGGAGCGUUUGCGUUGUUUUGCAGGAUGGUGAAGGAAGGUUUUGUUUUGGAUGUGGUUACUUGGAAUGCUAUGAUUUCGGGUUUUGUUCAGAGUAAACGAACGAUUGAAGCUGUAAAGCUGUUUAAGGAUAUGAUGGUUGCUGGAAUAAGGCCUAGUCAUGUGACUGUCACUGCAGUCCUCCCUGUGUGUGGAUUGAUGGACUCGGUUCGAAGAGGGAAAGAGAUUCAUGGAUUCAUAUACAGAAUGGAGCUGUAUAUGAAUGUGUUUGUUGCUAGUGCUCUGAUUGAUAUGUACUCCAAGUGUGGAACCGUUAUUGACGCUAGAAAUGUGUUUGAGACAAUCCCGAUUAAGAACGUUGCGUCCUGGAAUGCGAUGAUUGGAUGUUACGGAAAGCAUGGGUUGGUUGAUUCUGCGAUCCAGCUUUUUGAGAGGAUGACAACUGAAGGAAUGCAACCAAAUCCAGUCACUUUCACUUGUGUACUUUCUGCUUGUAGCCAUGGUGGUUUUGUUGAUAAAGGUUUGGAGAUCUUCAGGUCCAUAAGGAAAUGUUAUGACAUUGAGGCUAGCCAGGAGCAUUAUUCUUGUGUUGUUGAUCUUCUUUGUCGCUUUGGGAGAAUGGAUGAAACCUAUGAUUUUGUAAAAGAGAUGCCACUUGCAGUUACAGAGUCCAUUAUCGGGGCUUUCUUUAAUGGAUGUAAACUACACAAUAGAAGAGAUCUAGCUAAGAAAAUUGUAAAUGUACUCUCUGAAAUGGAGACAAGGAGACCUGGAGGUUUUGUUACAUUGUCAAAUAUUUGUGGUGCUGAGGAAGAAUGGGAAGAGGUUGAGUAUGUAAGAAAGCUUAUGAAGGAGAAAGGGAUCCAUAAAAGACCUGGUAUUAGUUUGUUCGAGACAAGAGACGUGUCUUCUAGAUCAGAGCUCAAAAGCAAAGGCUUUACACUAUAACAGUUGGCACACAUGAGUGAGUGCGUUUAUAAUCAGCAGUUGCAAGUCGAUGCAAAUGAGGUUUCAAUGAUCCUUGAAUGCUGUAUGCAUUUCUCAUCUACCUGGGAAUGUAAAUCAACCAGGCUAUGUGGAUGAUAUUGG